GCCUAUUUCAUAUACAGAGCGCGUUAGCAGGAGAAAUUGUUUGUGGUGUGGACGGCCCUACUCCUACUCCUUUUCUUCCACUGUAUGUUUUUACCUUUAUGAUGACUGUCUCCUGUAACCAGACUCUGUCUUCCUUCAGGGUCUCAAGUCUCAAUCCAGGAUCAAGAUGAACAUCGUCAGGUGUCCUCCCGUCACCAUGGUGCUCAUCCGCAGGCCGGACCUCAGAUACCAGCUGGGCUUCAGUGUGCAGAAUGGCAUUAUCUGCAGCCUGAUGAGGGGAGGCAUUGCUGAGAGAGGAGGCGUUCGCGUCGGCCACCGCAUCAUCGAGAUCAACGGCCAAAGCGUCGUAGCAACGCCUCACGAGAAGAUCGUUCAGAUUCUGUCUAACGCCAUGGGAGAGAUCCACAUGAAGACGAUGCCUGCAGCCAUGUAUCGUCUGCUGACAGCACAGGAGCAACCUGUCUACAUCUGAGCGCACAAUUCUCACUCUUUCCUGCACAUCACUCCAUCUUUACUACUGUCCGUCCAUCUCUCAGUUGUUUUAAAAACCUUUCUCCUCUCUGUAUCUUGUUUGAUAUCACUUGACUUGCCUUAAUCUGUACAGUACACUGUCAUGUCAACAUGUACAUCUACAGUAUGACAGCAGAAGACAGAUUAUCAUACUAGGCCGAGUGUUAAUGUGACGUGUUAUGUUUGACCAAAGAGAACUUGUGGAUUUUGUUGUGCAAAUUUAGGUGGCGAACAGAGUAAAUAUAAACUUUGGUUAAAUAGCUGUAAUAUCUGAAUGUACUCUAAUCAUGUUGGACCUAUAAAUUGUCAGGGCAACCCAGAUGAUGAACAACUUUUAAACUGAACUGGUCUAGUUAAAGGAGAUAUGCAUGUAUGAUUCUGCUGAAUAAAAUUAAGAAGAAAAUGUGGACAGAAAAUUCUGGUUUGUUUUAUUCAAGGGAUUGACAAGUGGUAUGCGUCAUGGCGAGUGCAAAGGAAAGGAAGGUGGAUGCAUAAUGCAGUGUUUCACAAAAGAAAUGGGCAAAGGAUUAUUUACUUGUCAAAGUAACAGGCAAGCCACUUUGCCUAGUUUGUGGUGUGGUGCUGGCAGCGAUGAAAAAGGCCAAUCUUUAGCAACAUUACAGUUGAAAGGACGAAUGUGUUUUGUUAAAAAAUAACGCUCUUCCUCUGAGCUUGGGUGGCCAACAGUCAGCUUUAACAAGACCACAGACUGUCAGAGACGAUGCUAAGAGGCUGAAACCUCAUGCAGAAGGUGUUUGUGAAGGAGUGCCUUGGGAGGCGGUUUCAGCUUGAACAUAAAAUAUCUUGUCUUUGUAGUGUAUUCAAUUGAUUAUAUGUAGAAAAGGUUUGCAAAUCGUUGUAUUCUGUUUUUAUUUGCAUUUUACACAACGUCGCAACUUCAUUGUAAUUGGGGUUUUUUGCUUGCAAUAUGGUGAAACCGUGAUAACAGUGGUUUUUCAUACUGUCAAAAUCAAUGAUUGUUGCAUCAUAUGUGUUCAUAAAUUUGGUAUGGCCCUCAAAAGACUUAAUGAAAAUUGAAAUGGUCCUUGGUAAGAAAAGGGUUCUACGCCGCUGCUAUAUGGCAUACUAAUAUGAUAGUUUUUGAUCUAUUUUGUAUGGCAUAUUAUACCAUGCCAUUUUAAUCAUAUUUUUUUUGCGGCAUAGUAUA